AUGAGGCAGAUCAUCGUGCUGCUAGUGUGUUGCGUUGUGCUGAUGAAAAAUAGAACAGCACAAAGUCUUGGUAAAGAUAGAAAUGUAAGUUUUCCAGAGCUCGCUUCGAAAUAUGGAUAUACUACAGAAUUAUAUGAUGCCUUCACUGAAGAUGGUUACAUUCUUCGGCUGUUCCGGAUCCCAGGGGUGAGGAAAGUACCCAUUCUUCUCAUGCACGGCAUAUUAGAUUCCGCGGACACUUGGAUAAUCAGAGGUAAUACGUCACUGGCCAUAACCCUCGCGAAUCAGGGCUACGACGUGUGGUUAGGCAACUGCAGAGGCAACAGAUAUUCCCGUCGUCAUAUCUACCUCGAUCCUAACGUUGACGAUGAUUUCUGGGACUUUUCUUUCCAUGAAUACGGGUUCUACGAUCUAGCCGCCAUUAUUAAUACUGUAUUGUAUAUCACCGAUGUCGAACGACUUGACGCUAUUGGACAUUCUCAGGGAACCACAAUUUUUUAUGUACUUGGAUCCACAAGACCAGAAUACAAUCAAAAGGUAAACGUUAUCGUAUCACUGGCGCCUGUGUGCUACCUGCAGAACGUUCCACCGCCACUGGAGACAGUGAUUCAGUAUUCACCAAUUAUCUACAACUUGCUCAAAUCACUUCAUGUACAAGAGGUAUUCGAAGAAAAUGAACAAAAGAAGAAGGAUUUGAAAGCGUUAUGCGUGAAACCAUUAAUAGGGUAUGCCAUUUGCAUUUAUGAUAUCAUGUUCCCAAUAACUGGCUACGACGCGGAAGAACUGGAAGCCGACUUUUUACCAAUUUUUUUUGACCAUUUUCCAACGUCCACAUCUGUGAAAAAUCUGUAUCAUUUCGCUCAAGUGGGCUACAGAAGGCAGUUCGCACGUUUCGAUUAUGGAGUUGAUAGAAAUUUAGAUAUGUAUGGGUAUCCAAACCCCCCAAAAUACGAGUUGGAGAACGUAAAGAUGAGAGUCGCUUUGUUUGUUGGGGCAAACGACUUUUUAUCAACAGUAGAAGACGUUGCUAUAUUAAAACAGAACCUUCCUAACGUGGUACGGCACCUUGUGAUUCCGCGUAGAAAGAUGAAUCACGCGGAUUUCGCAUGGGGUCUACAUAUGAACGAAUAUCUCUAUCCGUAUAUAUUUGAUGUGUUAAAUACGUAUGCAUCAGAAAAUGUUUCGAGUGAUAUGAGUAUAUAA